AUGAAGCAAUUGCAUGGGGAAUCUAUCGACCAGUUUACAACAAGAUUACGCCAGAAAGCUAAGAAUUGUGAAUUUUCGGACAUUGACUCAGAAAUUAAAAGCCAGAUCAUACAGGGUGUUGUUUCACAAAACAUGAGAAUGCAGUGUUUACAAGAUCCGGAUAAAUCACUUAAUGACUUACUUACAAAAAUGAGAACCAUGGAAAUAUCAAAAAGUCAACCAGCAACUAUGUCAAAGGAUGAAAGUAGUCAGCAAGUAGUGCGGGUAAAAAGCAAUCCUCGAUUUAGCCGUCAAUCAAAGGGAUUCGCACCUAAACGUUAUCAGCAACGUUCAUAUCAAACUAUCCCAGAAGCAAGUAACAAAGAAACAUUAAUCAGUUAUGAAUUAUCGGUAGAGCUUGGGAUUUUACCGCAAAUACAAUCAGUUCAUAAAUCAGUUCAAAGCAAAGACGCAUAUUCAGGACUUAUUGAAGAAUAUUCUCAAGUUUUCACAGGCUUAGGAUGUCUGAAAGACAGAAAAGUUAAGUUUCAUAUUGAUAAAAGCGUUGUACCUGUAGCUCAAACGCCUAGGAGAGUUCCAUUUCAUGUACGUGCGCAAGUCGAAAAUGAACUUAAAAGUUUAGAGGAAAUGGAUGUCAUUGAAAAGGUUAUAGGUUUACCGACACCCUGGGUUUCGAACUUAGUUGCAGCUCCGAAACCUAAUGCCCCACACGAAGUGAGAGUGUGCGUGGAUAUGAGAAAAGCUAACACCGCAAUCAAAACAGAGAAAAAUGUUUGCCCGACGGUGGAUGAUAUCAUAUUGACGUUAAAUGGCGCAACGGUAUUUUCACGUCUAGAUCUGUACAAAGCUUUCCAUCAAAUUGAAUUGGAUGAAGCAUCACGUGUAAUGACAACGUUUCAGACACAUAUUGGACUGUUUAGCUAUAAAAGUCUAAAUUUCGGGGUGUCCGCAGCACCGUUAAUUUUCCAAAAUGAGCUUCGUCAAGCACUUCAAGGUCUAAAAGGCAUAUUGAAUAUUGCCGACGACAUCGUAUGUUUUGGUAAGACACAGGAGGAACACGAUGCCAAUCUUCGCGCUUUACUGCAACGUCUUCAAGAUAGAAACCUCACACUGAACAGCAAAAAAUGUUCAUUCGGACAAUCUAAAAUCCAAGUUCUACGGAUACGUAUUUUCCUAAUCCGGAAUUUCACCCGAUCCUGA